AUGUCGACAAAACUUCCCGGCUCGAGCCCGCACCAGGCCAGCGCUGACGGCCGCUUUCACCGGCAAGACUCUGCGUUCCGCGAUGUGAUCCAAAAGGGAGGACGAUUCCAGCCGGAGUUGGGCCGGUACCACCUGAUUGUCGCGGAGGCGUGCCCGUGGGCGCACCGCGUCCUGCUUGUGCGCAAGCUCAAGAAGAUGGACACGGUGCCGGACCUGCUGCCCGUGACCGUCGUCGACUCGUUCCUGGGUCCUGAGGGCUGGUGCGUCGGCUCGCGCGAAGUGGAGCGCCCGUUCGUCAAGGGCUCGGGCAACCGCAUCCCGGGCCACGAGAACAAGAUGUUCCUGCGCGAGUUCUACCUGGAUGCCGACCCGUCGUACCAGAAGCGCCCGACGGUGCCGGUCAUUUGGGACAACAAGCUCAACACGAUCGUGAACAACGAGUCGUCUGAGAUCAUCCGCUUCAUUGACACGGCGUUCGAUGAGUUCUUGCCGGGCGAUGUGCGUGGCAUUACGUACUAUCCGGAGGAUCUGCGUGCGCAGAUCGACGAGUUCCACUCGUGGGUGUACCCGAACAUCAACAAUGGCGUGUACCGCGCGGGCUUUGCGACGACCCCCGAGGCGUACGAGGAGGCCGUCGUGCCCCUCUUCGAGGCGCUCGAGCGUGCGGACAAGCUCAUCGGCGACAAGAAGUACUUCUUUGGCGACCGCCUUACCGAGGCGGACAUCCGCCUCUACACCACGAUUGUGCGCUUUGACCCGGUGUACCAUGGCCACUUCAAGUGCAACAUCCAGCAGAUCCGCGGCGGGCGCUACCCGCACCUGCACCGCUGGCUGCGCACGCUCUACUGGACGGUGCCGGGCUUCAAGGAGACGACCAACUUUGAGUCGAUCAAGGCGCACUACUACAGCAGCCACAUCCAGAUCAACCCCACGAGCAUCGUGCCGCUCGGUCCGAUCCCACCGAUCGAGCCGCUCGACAAUUAG